AUGAAGGUGAAAUGGACGAUGCUGGGGAUGGUGGUCUUCUUCCUGCUCUCUGUCAUCAUGACCUGUGGCUUCAUAUGGCAGUACAGGAUGCCCAAGCUAAGGCCAGAAGUUCAGGAGAAAAAGGCACCAGUGGAGGAGAUGUGUCCCCGCUUCCCUGAGCCUGUGCCCCUCAAUCAUCCCAUCACAUCCCUGAGGGUGGCUUUAGAAAAGGUCGAUCUCCUCCUGAGGACGACUGUUUUUAAGACGAAGCUGCCGGCCAUUUCAGCCAUCGUGGUUUUAAACGACUCGGUUCUGUGGAAUGGAAACUUCGGCAAGAUGAACAUCAGCGACCCCACCUCAUCAGCGCCCAAUGAGUACACAGUCUACAGAAUUGCGAGCCUCUCCAAGAUCUUCCCCACCCUGAUGCUCUACAAAAUGUGGGAGGAUGGCCUUGUGAGUUCACUGGACGACCCCAUCGAGAAGUACGCUGAGAACUUUGCCGUCAAGAACCCGCUGGGGAAAAUCGGGAGGUCCGGGCCUCAGUCUGCGAGGACUGCCGGUCUCCGAUCUCCUGGACUCACCCUGCGCAGGAUGGCCAGCCAGCUCUCUGGGUUACCCAGAAGAUUAAGGUCAACUAAUCUCCUUUGGAGUGGUGACACAGAGGAAGCCCUUAAUUUGUUGCAAGAUGAUGUCCUCGUUGCUGAUCCGGGAACAAAGUGUCACUACAGCAACGUUGCCUUCUCCUUAUUGGCGAACAUCUUGGCCAAGAAUGUGGCAGGCACAGACUUUGAGACGUGGCUGUCACAAAACAUCCUGAAACAGCUCAACAUGGAGGACACCGGCUUCAACAUAACUCCAGAAGUUCAGAAGCGGAUGGCGAUCGGUGUUUACAACAAUGGCCAGCCGGCUCCCCUCUACAACCUGGGCUGGUACCGACCUGCGGGUCAGAUGUACUCCACCACUGCUGACAUGGCGAAGCUCAUGAUGGCUCUCCUUGGCGCUUACAGUGGGAGGCCUCUCCGCCGGGACACGCUGAACACCAUGAUGACGCCGCUCUACAAAUGCCACAGCAGCUACUUCGCCAACUCAACAGGAACGCCAUGGGAGAUCAACGAGCAGCUUGGCUAUGACGUGGUGAGGAAAGACGGGGACUUGGACGGCUAUGCUGCGACCUUCUCACUGGUGCCAAAGCUCAAGCUGGGGAUGGUGGUCCUGAUGUCCGGGGUUCGUCCUGCAGAUAGGGACCUCGUGGGUCAGGCCUAUGGAUAUCUUAUCCCUGCAUUGGAGAGCGCCUUCAGGGAGGCUAAACGGACCCUUAGACCACCACCUAACACGUCUCCUUAUGUGGGCUUCUAUACUUACAGGAACAUGACUUUCUAUCAGAUUAAGGUGGAUUCAGACGGCGUGCUGAUCAUGCAGCAGUUCGGACCACAGGUAGACACGACUGUGCCGUCGAAAUACCGAACUAUCCGUCUGGACUACCUGCAGCAGAGAGUGUUCAGGGUGGUCUUUGACAAGCCGUACCCAUGCAAGCUGAAGGUCCACAGCACCUCCGUGUCCCUGGAGGCACAGGACCGACAGCUCUUUAACUUUUACCCUUUCAACAAGAGAGGCGUGUCGCAGGGGUUUGACUCGCCAGGACUCAACACUUACAGGGUGACGAGGAUAAGUGGCAGACCGUACUUUACCGCAUAA